AUGAAUGAGCCUGUAUCCUCAAACUCUGCCUCACCCACGAAAACUCAAGAAGAGGAAGACCAUCUGGUCAGAAGCACGAAGAAGAUCAAGAGCAAAGAUCACUUGGAGACUAUGGACAUAACUGAGAGUUCAUGUAUCCCUCCUACGUCGGUACCAGUGCUAGGCCCUAAUGAGGUCUCGACUGAGGGCCAUAAGGUUAAAUCAUUCAAGGAAGCUUUGGCAGCACCACGGAAUGCUGACUUCUAUUUUGAUGACUCCAUGGAUUCAAUAAGGAGAAAGAAGAUGAUGAAUCGUUCAUGUAUCGUUCAUGUAUCCCUCUCUCUGCUGAUGAGGAAGAAGAUGAAGAAGAUGCAACCAUCCACGAAGAAAGCUUGCAUCCGACCCAACAAGGCAUUCCGCAAGUACACCUACCGAAGAAAUUACUGGAACAGAUUCGGCCUACAAGAGGAAUUUAAUGUUAUAGAUCUGGGCAAUAACCAUUUUCUGUUUAAAUUCUCCUCUUUGGAGGAUUGUGCACAUGUCUAUUCUGGAGGACAGUGGGUCAUUAUGGAUCAUUAUCUCACUGUGAGGAAAUCGGAGCCUGACUUUAAGGCAUCAGAAGCCUUUGAAACCACCACUGCAGUAUGGGUGCGGUUUUCGGAGCUUCCGAUUGAAUAUUUUCAAGAGAAAGUCUUAUAUACCAUUGCUAGACAGAUUGGUACGCCCCUGAAAAUCAAUCUCACCACAGCCAUGGCUAUUAGAGGCCGGUUUGCAAGGGUGUGUGUUGAAGUUGAUCUCCGAAAGCCACUCUGUCCUAGAUUCCUCUUGGGCAAAAAAAACUAUAUCAUUGAAUACGAGUCCAUACAUUCAUUUUGCUUCUACUGUGGAAGGGUAGAUCACCGCAAGGAGCUAUGCAAGUACCAGGUAGUGCACCCCAAGUCUCAAACUGUCCACCGGAAUAAUCCUCUGCCGGAAAGAUUGCAACUAACCAUUGAGGGCAACCUAGUUCAAACGCCAACGGCUAGCCCCAAUGCCAACGGUCAUCUGCAACAACUAGCAGUAGAAGGAGAUGACACAUAUGGGCCCUGGAUGAUGGUAACUAAGCGAACUCAUAAGCUUGUGAUCAAUAAGAAAACCCAGUCCACUAGACCAAGCCCAACUCAUAAUAAGUUCUCAGAAUUGAGCAAAGGGACCCAACAAGAAGAGGAAAUGGGUAGGGGCAAGAAAACAACUAGAUUGGGCCUUGAAAAAGAGGCAUCUAGCCCAUAUCAGAAAACCCAAUCUGGACCAUCUGUCUCACAAACUGUGACUCUGGCCAAGGCAUCCAAUAGUAACCAGUCUAGCCACUCUAUGCCUGACAACCCCAGUAUGUUGGAAACUGAUUCUACAUCCCUAGAAAUCCCGAUGGCUGAUCUACCAUCUGAAACACCUUUAAUACUUACACCCAAUCUACCUACUUCUGAACCUUUACCAUUAGGGAGUGAUGGAUCCACAACCACAAAGCACAGGAAACCCCCUGAUCCGGGAAUCAAAUAUGGCGAUGGAGGAGGGCACAGGUCUGGAGGUGCUUACCCACCGGAUGGAGAAUCAUCCAUUUAUUAUGUCGUUAGAGUAAGGGAAAGAAGCAACUUACCUCGUCACUAUGGUAUGGUGGAUAGAGCAGAUACGGAUGCGAAUAGAACCAAGCUGGAGCAGCAGAGCCGAGUCUCCAAUCCACUCUGUGCAGAUGGCCUCCACGAGAUCAAGGGAUCAAGAUCAUAG